UAUGAGUCAAGCGUGGUUCUUCUACAAUUCUACCCCUUCCCUUCCCUUCAGCUCAAAACCAAAAAUCUUAACGGGUUUCGGACUCCAGCGCCAGCGGGUAGAAUGACGAACGGCGGGAAGAAGAGGACUUCACCUUCACAGCACCAACAAUGAUGAUGAAUGGUUGGUUGGCGCGAUUGAUUGCUACCUAAUCUCUAUAGGCAGCUCGGUCGGCAGGCAGGGAUUUGAUUUCCGAUAGCAGCCUUUUCAUACAUGGAGUGUCUGUUGGCAUCCGUUCUCUCAAGUCCCGCUUCCAUGGCGCCAUUUUCUGCUCCCAAGCAGAAACGGCAUCGCUGCCGCGAGUUGAGGGCCAAACUCAGUUCCGAGAAUGACCCGUGGUUUGAAUCCGCCGUCAGUGCAGCUUCGCUUCGUUUUCAGGAAACUAAUAGAGCAGAGCCUUUACUGGUUGAUCCAUUUGCUGGUUGCUUUGUUGACCCUGACAUGCAUAUGGUUUUGAAGAAGCACCCACAUCCUUAUUGUGUUGCUGCCAAAUUCAUUGAUGAUAAGUUGCUCCAAAAUGUGCAUAGUAUCGAUGGACUUAAACAGGUUGUUCUAUUAACAGAUGGAAUGUGCACUCGACCUUACAGGCUAAACUGGCCUACUUCCACUAUGAUAUUUGACAUAUCCCCGGAAAGGGUAUCUAACAUAUCAUCCCACAAGCUCCGAGGUGUUGGAGCUAAAACCUCAAGGAGGUGCUUUCAUGUUCAUGUACCGAUGGAGUCUCCUGAUUUCGAAAAGGCCCUGCGUGCUAGGGGCUUCAAAGCCAACACACACAGUAUAUGGGCCUUGCAGGGAAUUCCAAUUACGACUCUGGCUAGCUUUGAACAAAUCUUGUUCACCAUCAGUUGUCUGGCCACGAAGGGUACUUUGUUCCUUGGUGAACUGCCAGCAUGGUUGGCAGAAACAGAUAUCGGUUCCCAGCCCAGUGCAGAGAAGUGGAUUAACAAGCUUUUCAUGGGUAAUGGCUUCAAAGUAGACUCGAUUAACUAUGAUGAAGUUGCUAAUAGUUUGGGCAAAGAAAUAGCUCCAGAAAGCCACAGCAACAUUCUGUUCGUUGCAGAACAGUUGAGGUUUUCUGAUGAUCAGGUGUGGAAGCCCAGUGAUGCUUUGGUUUACCUGUCGCAGUUAAAUAUGGAAACUUGGAGAAGAGAGUUUCAAAGGGUUGAGGAGGGAGCUGAUGAAGAAGGAUUUGAGGAGCUCUAAGACUGAGUGCUGUCCCUUUCUUUUGUCAUUAUACUGACUGCUUUCAUUUAUAUCAUACAGGUAACAAAGCAUUUUCAGUUUCCGGAUUGAUGGGAAUGAAUCCCGAUCAUUUCCAAAGGCCAUAGUUACCUAUUUCUUAUCAAAAUAUUGAUUGUGGAUGAUCAAGUUAGAUGCACAAUGUUUAUAAAAUAAGGUUAGAUGCACAAUUGGAUUUUACUAGUAACCAUUCAACCUAUAUUUGAAUUUAUCUUUCUCGGUUUCUUACCUUACAUUCAUGUAUAUUGAUGGUAAAAAUUGUUGGAGUUAUUAAAG